AUGGAUAGAGUACGAGACUUAUUAGGUGGCCAUCACCGGAAUGGCGAUGCACCUGCAAUGGCCCAUGAUCCAACGAAUGCUGAUACACAAAAUCCAAAUCCAAAUCUAAAUUCGGAGUCAUAUGUCGAUGAUCAGUAUACUGUGAUUGAAGGGGAAAAUUUUGGUUCUGAUAAUGCUACAAUUCAUACAUUCGGGUCUCAGGCAACCACUAUUGGCGACUUACAAAGAAAUGGGUUUGUAAAUAGGUGUCCAAGAUUUAAUUAUCAAAGAAAAUUACCUUUCAUAUCGAUACUACUGACUAAAGGAUUUUUUUGUUUUCCUAGUGAGAAAUCAUACAGAGUCUUCUUAGAAAAUAAAAGGAAAUUCGAUUUUGUCGAUGUUGAAACUGGUAUGGGGAUUCCCUUAUACCAAGCCAUUUCACAAAAUGUCAUGAAAUCGAUGUUUAGCAGAAAUGAUCCAGUGACUAAGAUAUACAAAUACAUAUUAAUAAAUCCAGAUACAGAUCAUGUACCUGAAAAAGCAGAGUUGAUUGCUAAAUUAAAUACAGGAGAAAAAACUUCAAGAAAUCUUUAUAAAUUUGAAUUUUGUUCUGUUUAUAAAGACGUAGUCGACCAUUACAAACGUAUAGAACAUCGUUUCACUUUUUUUAGGAAUGAUCCAAAAAAUAAGGAACCAUUAAUUUAUACUAUGGUUAAUCAUUUGGAAAGAAGAAAUACCGAUACACAAUUAGAUGGUUUAAAUUUACAAUGGUAUGGUACAACUGGUUUUGCAUCACCAUUCGGUUCAAACAAUUUCAAACUUUUGGUAUUGGAUGAUAAUAUGCCAUCUAUGUGUGACCAGAAAACUAUGGAAGAUUAUGACGCAUAUUCAAGAUCUCAAAGGACUAGACCGUUAGGGCACCUACCAGUUUGGGCAAGAUAUUCCGACGACAAUUCAUAUAUACCCAAGAAAAGAACGCUGAGAAUUGCAAAUUUUGAAAUAGGUGAAGUAGGGAACUCAACUCUAUCAGAAAAUACGUCAUCUGAAGGCAUAUUUGAUAUCCCUUGGGAUACUGAGGUAUUGACUUGUAUGGCUAUGGUUUUACAUAUUUAUGAAUCAAGAAAAGAUAAACGUCAUGGUGCUGCAAGUGGGUUGGAUGCUACUUUAUUACCAACAGGAUUGUUGAUGUAG